CGCGCGCCCGCUUCGACCGUACCUACCCACGUAAAAAACGAUGACGACAACGAGCAAGGACACCCGAGUGCCCGUCACCAUCCUGACCGGCUACCUCGGCAGCGGAAAGACCACCCUGGUGAACCACAUCCUGACCAACAAGGAUCACGGCAAAAAGAUCGCGAUAAUCGAAAACGAGUUCGGCGACGUCGGAAUCGACGACGCACUCAUGGCCAAGAACACGAAGGCGCAUAUCGAGGAGGAAAUCGUCGAGAUGAUGAACGGCUGCAUCUGCUGCACCGUGCGCCAGGACCUGGUCGUGGUGCUGAACAAGUUUGCCGGCCGCAUCGCAUCCGGCAACCUCAAAUUAGACUGCAUCCUUAUCGAGACCACUGGAAUGGCGGACCCAGCGCCCGUCGCACAGACCUUCUUCGUCGACGACAGCGUCCAGGAGCACUUUCGCCUGGACGGCAUCGUCACCCUCGUGGAUGCCAAACACAUCGAGCAGCACCUGGACGAGGAGAAGCCCGAGGGCGCCGAGAACGAGGCGGUCGAGCAGGUCGCCUUCGCCGAUCGCAUGAUUCUCAACAAGAUGGAUCUCGUCGACAAAGCCGACGUGGAGCGCAUCACCGCCAGGCUCAAGUCCAUCAACUCUUCCGCACCCAUCAUCACUGCCGAGAAGUCCAAAGUCUCCGUCGAUUUGGUCCUCGACAUCCACGCCUUUGACCUGAAGAAGACGGUAGACAUGGACCCCGAGUUCCUCAACACCGACAACGAGCACGAGCACGACGACACCGUCUCCUCCAUCUGCGUCGUCGAGGACAAGCCCCUCGACCUCGACACGCUUCAGCGGUGGGUCAACUACCUCCUGGUGAACAAGGGCACGGACCUGUACCGGAUGAAGGGCGUGCUGAACGUCGCAGACAGUGAGGAGCGUUUCAUGUUUCAGGCGGUGCACAUGAUCUUCAACGGCAACUUCGACGAGCCGUGGGAACCCAGCGAGAAACGCGAGUCCAAGUUCGUCUUCAUCGGCAAGAACUUGGACCACGCCGAGCUCAAGGAAGGGUUCCUCGCGUGCAUCCAGACCCCGGACCUUGUCGCGAAGAGGAAGCUCGCUCUUAGGUUCGCCGUCGGCGACGCGGUCGAGUGCCGCACCGCCGACGGCUACGUCCCCGGCAAGGUCACCCAGCACCUGUACCGCGACGACUUCAUGCCCCCCGGCGUGACCGCGCCGUACCAGAUUCAGCUGGACGACGGAAAGUUGAUUUGGGCGCCCGAGGACGACGACAAGUACAUCCGUGCCAAGGAUGCACUCUUCGCGGAGAAGAAAGCAAAGACUGAGGCGUGAGCACGCCGAGCUGCCAGGAACCGAGAGUCAGUUUUUGCGCGACGCUGAUAGGAGCUGAAUAGUCGCCGUCGAAAGGACACGGAAGGCGUCGCACAGUUUUGUUAGUCAGCAAUAAAGUAACAAAAGACGACCGUACAAUUGUUUAGUUU